UUUGAUCUAUCCUGGUGGUCCACAAAGUUUUGAAGUUCCAUAAUGGCAAGUCUUCUUCCGUGUAUUUGUUGUAGCUAGCUACAACCAGCCUUUUAUUAAAUCUAGUAGGCCUAUACAUGUUUCAACCACUAAUCUUGUUUCAAGACAUAGGAUUUUUUAAGGUUCAUAUUUGGCCAGACUUAACAAGGAAUUAGUUUGUGUCAUACCGUUACAUUGUAAUGAAGGGGAUGAAUGACUUAACUUUUCUAUCGAACUUUCUGUGAAUUGAACUCCACGGAACCGACAGUGCGGCUGUUCAAAAAUGGUGACAACCACUCACUCAGACCACCCACAUACAUCUUCGACGAGAUGGGGGGUUUCGCCAGCAAGGGAAGAAGGAAGAUCGUAACUAUUCGGGAGACGGGUGGACCGUCGCCAUUGCGACCGGAGACUGGCCCCAUUAUCUUAACUAGACGGUACACCGAGGAGGUACCAUGCGAACCAGCUUGCUACCGGACUCCUACUUCAGAAGGCGAUUAUUGGAUUAUUAAUUUCUUAAAAGAACAAGAUGACUUUUCAUUCGUUGUCGAGUUCGAGGUUACAUACCCGCUGGAUUGAGGUGAGAGUUUUCACUUGGAGAGGUGGAGAGUCUGCCAUGGACAAAGGGGAAAGUUUUCCUAAAGCUUACGCACUGUGAUUGAACUGGGUGAGCGGGGUAACAGUUGCCGUUAAGUUUAGGAUGCUGCGGUUGCUGGUUUGAUAAAUGUAUCAUAUUUAGUUAGCCGAUAUAUUUCGAAUAUGUUUUCACUCGUAUGUUUUCCAGGUUAUGACAUAAACUAGAUUUGGACAAACUAUAUGCAGUCCUCUAUCAUGUGUCCCCAGCGGUAUUCCUCUGCCAUCCACACACAAUGAACAGAAGCUGGAAUGGGACCUUGGCAGCUCCGGGUAUCGGGAAUGUCACGGGCGGGGACGGCGGGUCCGUCGCCGUGGAAUCCGUUUCCAUAGUGAUCAUCGCGCUCCUCAUCUGCCUGGGCAACCUGGUGAUUGUGGUAACGCUGUACAAGAAGCCCUACCUGCUGACUCCCAGCAACAAGUUUGUGUUCAGCCUGACGCUGUCCAACCUGCUGCUGUCGGUGCUGGUGCUGCCAUUCGUGGCGGCCAGCUCGGUGCGGCGGGACUGGAUGUUCGGCGUGGUGUGGUGCAACUUCACCGCCCUGCUCUACCUCCUCAUCAGCUCGGCCAGCAUGCUCACGCUAGGGGUCAUCGCCAUAGACAGGUACUACGCUGUGCUAUACCCAAUGGUCUACCACAUGAAGAUCACCGGAAACCGCGCCGUCUUGGCCAUCGCUUACAUCUGGUUGCACUCGUUGGCUGGCUGCCUUCCUCCUCUGUUUGGCUGGUCGGCGUUCGAGUUUGGCAGCGCCAAGCGCGCCUGCACUGUGGCGUGGCACCACGAGCCGGGCUACGCCAUGUUCUGGGUCGUGUGGUGCUGCCUGCCCCCUCUGGCCGCCAUGCUGACCUGCUACGGCGUCAUCUUCCGCGUGGCGCGCCUCAAAGCCCGAAAGGUACACUGCGGCACCGUCGUGGUGUCCUCAGCCUCCGCCGCCCAGGAGGACAAUGGAGGAGGCGGGCAGACGGGGGCGCAGAAGGGCAGCCGUAAGAACUCCAGCACCUCCACCUCCUCCAGCAGCAGCCGGCGCAGCCUGGUGUACUCAGGGAGCCAGUGCAAAGCCUUCGUCACCAUCCUGGUGGUGGUGGGGACCUUUCUGUUAACCUGGGGGCCGUACGUGGUGGCGGUCGGCACCGAGGCGCUCCGGGGCAAAGGGAGCGUGCCGCCGGGCGUUCAGACGCUCGUCACGUGGUUGUCGUUCGCCAGCGCCGUGUGCCACCCGCUCAUCUAUGGACUGUGGAACAAGACGGUACGCAAAGAGCUCCUGGGCAUGUGCUUCGGAGACCGGUACUACCGCGAGUCGUUCGUCACGCGGCACAGGACGUCGCGGCUCUUCAGCAUCUCCAACCGCAUCACGGAUCUGGGGAUGUCCCCUCACCUGACGGCCAUGUUGGUGGGAGGAGCCCAUCCUCUGGGGCCUGGCAGCAGCACUGGAGACACGGGCUUCAGCUUCACACAAGACUCAGGUACAGACGUCAUGCUGCUGGAUAACUUUUCCACUGACUGCUCCUUCUCCAGCCACCACACCAGCGCCACGGGCAACCGCAGGCGGAGCUCAGUCACGUUCGAGGACCAAGUGGACCAGCAUUCCAAAGCAGACUCCUCCCCCCCUACUGCCGCCGUGCUGGUCAAAGCCGAGCUCCACAACUCCCUGGACACCUUUGCUUCCUGCCUGGCCAAGGCCAUCGAGUGCGACGCAAGGCUGCAGAUUUUCGGAGAGGGGACGCCCUCCCUGCCUCCACUGCCGGGGGCGUUGUUCACGAGCCGCAAUGUCCAGCGGGCGCCCCGCUACCUGGACGGACAGAGACUGAGGAUGGAGAGCAUCGAUGAAGGAAUAGUGAAAGACGACCAGCGAGAGGACGAGGACGAGGAAGACGGCGACUGAGCUUUAUUUUUUUCCCCGGUGACUUUGAAAGAGAUCAAGAGAAGAAAAGACGUUAUUCUCAUGAUUCUGCCAUGUUCCUGUGGUCUCAAGUCCAGAGAGCUAACAGAGAUCAUGAAGGGACACAAUCUGAGCAUCAUGUAUCACUGGUACUGAAGACUGGCAGCCUUACUUAAUAUGUAACUCAGUCUUACAUUUCUCCUAUCAGUAACAUAGGAAGCCUUAACCACUGUAUCUUAAGUUUCCACUAUAAGGAAUUUUGUGUGUGUGUGUGUGUGUGUGUGUGUGUGUGUGUUUGUUCGUGUGGACGUUGUACACAUUCAUUUACGAUAUUACUGCGAGUAUAAUCUGUGUUUAGGUAGUAAGCGCAAGUAUUUACACUCCCCAAAAAAAAAGACUGCUACCUCAAAGCUAAACUCUCUCAGAGCGCUGAAAUAUCUCGCCAGGCCAAGGCUCUGAAUCACCCGUCCACGGCCGCAUGAACUCUGAAUGUAAUGGUACAGGAACGUGGGACCAGCUGUUUGUCAUUCCGCCCCCUUCUCCGCCAUCGUUGCGUGUUUGAACAAGUCCUCGCAGGGGGCACGCUAGGAACAAUCGCACCUGACAAACGACGAGCAACUGAUGGCGCCGUUCAAGCCCCUCCACUGAAGAGGAUGUGGCCACCGGUUCGAGAUCUUCUGUGUUUUAUAUCAUCUUGUCUGUUUACCUUGUGCGGUAAGUGCGUGAAUUAAAGUUUGACCACUGGGUUGAGAAAUCCCACGCUGGCUUUCCUCUCACCCAAAGCCUGUUUGCAGCAAACAGUGUGUAGGCCAAUGCAGUUUCCCUAAAGAGUAAGAAAGCACGUGCUGGUUUUCAUGAGCACAAAUCAACAUUGGAAAAAAAAAUAAUAGGAAGCCUUACCGUGUUUUGUUACUGUUAUGUUAUUUUCACAUAGGCAUUUUGUACUGUAUUGUGGAAUUAAAUCUUUUUUUCUAGACAUUGUACCAGAGAUAUCAUCUGUGUCUCUACUGUCAACCGAUUGUCCCACUCACAUUACUCCUCUGGGCAACAUGAGACACACUGUGCCUAAUGCUUUUGCCAGCCUGAAUCUGGUGAUGGGCACCAGGUCCAGUUUACAGCCAUCCAAUUUGGUGUUUGGUACUCGAUGCAAGUAUCCCAUGCACUGAUCGAAACGCCAGUAAACUCCUUAACUCAACAAAUCAUUGUUCAAAUAAAUCAAGUUUUUCCUCA